AAUCAGCGCCGUGCUCCGCCUGUGUUUCUGUCACGUGCGCGCAGCGUGCGUUUGUGAUGAUGAACGGAUGAGACGCUCGGUUUAACGAUUCUGAUUAUGUGAGUGGAUUAUCAUAUCGGUCUUCUCUUUAGUAUCUGAUCAGAGCGUUUAAUGAUGAGGAAGCAGCAGACGUUCAGCCGCGGUCUGUCCGAUAAAGUCCGCAAAUCUAAAGCGGCUCCGGAGAUCCAGAGAAACCCGUUCGAGGUGAAGAUAAACCGCAAGAAGUUCGAUGUUUUGGGCCGCAAGAGUAAACACGACGUGGGUCUGCCGGGGGUCUCCAGAUCCAGAGCCAUUCAGAAGAGGAAGGAGACUCUCCUGAAGGAGUUCAGAGCGAAAGACAAAAACAACACGUUCAUCGACAGACGCUUCGGUGAAUAUGACCAAAAAAUCACACCUGAGGAGAAGAUCCUGCAGAGAUUCACGCUGGAGCGACAGCGCACUCAAGACAGGAAGGACAUGUAUAAUCUGAAUGAGGAAGAGGAGCUGACCCAUUAUGGCCAGUCUCUGGCGGAGAUGGAGAAGAUGACAGAUGUGAUUGACAGCGACAGCGACUCUGAAGAAAAGGGCCUGCUGUCAGCUGAACUGACCGCCACACAUUUCGGCGGCGGUGGAGGUUUGCUGAGGAAGAAGAGCGCUGGAGAUGAAGACGAAGAACACAAGCCCAAAUCACGGCAGGAGCUGAUCGAGGAGCUCAUUAUCAAGUCCAAACAGGAGAAGCGCGAGCGUCAGACGCAGAAGGAGGAGGCGCAGGAGCUCACGGAGAAACUGGAUCAGGAGUGGAAAUCCAUCCAGAACCUUCUGGCCCAUCUGGACGAGUAUGACAUGACUGUGCGAGAGCUGGGCUUCGAGAUGAAGGCUCAACCGUCAGAGAAGCUGAAGAGCGCGGAGGAGCUGGCUCGAGAGGAGAAACGGCGCCUGCAGACUCUGGAGGCCAACAGACUGAAGAGGAUGAUGGGAGACGCUGACGCUGAGGAAGAGCAGGUCUGUGCUGAAGGGCCUCCAGCAGUGAUUGAGGAGCAGAAGAAAGCUGCACAGGAAGCAGCCAAAGCAGAACUGCCCUACACCUUCACAGCUCCAGAGAGCUACAGUGAUCUGAAGGCACUCCUGCAGGAUCACGGAUCAGAGCAGCAGCGCCUCAUUCUGGACAGAACGCUGAAGUGUCACCAUCCCAGUCUAGCCGCGGGAAACAAAGCCAAACUACAGUAUGCUCGUGUGUAUGUGUUCUGCAGUCAGAUCUGCGGUCUGUGUCAGAUGUUUCCUGAGGCCGCGUGUAAAGCCGUGCAGACGUUACUCAGCGACAGCGGCCACAGCAUGGAGGAGACGCUGGAGGUCAAAGGUCGAGCACCGAUGCCUGAUCUGGACAUGCUGGUCCUCCUGAAGAUCACGGCGCUGCUGUUCCCCUCGUCAGACUUCAGACAUCCGGUGACGACUCCAGCGUUCCUCUACAUCAGUCAGGCGCUCACCAGGUGUGUGGUGCUCUCUCUGGAGGACGUGUGUAAGGGUUUGAUCCUCUGCUGUCUGGCGCUGGAGUUCGUCUCUCUGUCUCGGAGGUUUUUCCCAGAACUGCUGAACUUUCUGCUGGGACUCCUGCAUCUGACUGUCUCCGACAAACGCAACAUGGGUUAUACGGUGGUGAGUCCGUUCAGAUGGCAGGGGAAGAGCUGUGAUCUGCUGGUUCUGAAGGAUACUAAUGUGUCUCACAGCUGGAACAGGAAACCCAUUUCACUGCACACAGCUCACAGAAUCCCAGCCCAGAGUCCAGUGGAGAGAGACCACUACAGGCUGUCGCUCAUCGAUUCCUGUCUGGAUCUGGUGAAGAGAUGCACGUCGCUCUAUAAAGACCUGCCGUCAUUCGCUCACAUCUUCCAACCAAUCAGAACGCUGCUUCUCCAGCAUCUUCCUGUCGAGGGUUCCCCCGCCCCUAUCCAGGAUCUUCACAGAGAGAUCUUAGACGCCAUUCCUGAGCAGCCUUCCCAGCAUGCACCUCUGGUGUUCAAGAAGAAGAAACCCAUCCCGCUGAAGCUCUUCACACCGAAAAUAGUGCAGAUUCUGGAUUACGGUAAAAAGCGAGGGAACACGAAGGAGGAGAAGGAGCGCGAGCGGCUCCAGCACAAAUACAAGCGUGAGUUUAAGGGAGCGCUGAGGGAGAUCCGGAAGGACACACGCUUCCUGGCUCGGGAGAAGCUCAGUGACGUCAUGAGCAGGGAUGCGGAGAGGAAGAGGAAGGUGAAGGAGCUGUAUGGAAGUCUGGCCACUCAGGAGGGAGAGUGGAAGGCCCUCAAGAGGAAGAACAGGAAGUGAUGAGGAGGAAGAUUUCUGUCACGGCUGGAGAACUGUACGUUUGUCCUCAUGAUAGAGGUUUUUAUCUGACAGAUUAAGAGAAAUAAAGCUUUGCAGUGAGACUCUCUUCAUG